UUUCUUGAAUCUAUGCCUAUUGAAUGUCUUUUAUAUUAAGGUUUAAAGCGGCGUCGAAAUGCAAUAAGUUACCGUUUUCUGUUCAGAAGAAUGCAAGUUCAUUGGUGCGUGGUCCCGCAGAGGGCGCUGUAUGGUGACGCGUGCUUUUGUCCGCAGUCCAUACAUUGAGACGCCAGUGACACGUUCUCUACCACGUGAGCCAAAGUAGGAACCUUAUGUAUGCCACCUCCGAUUUAGUUAAGGUCAAAUAUGUUUAAUAACAAUAAGGUUAUGUAACCAGUUGUUACCUUCCAAGCUCGUGGUUUGUAACUACAGUUAAAAUGUAUGAUAUGCACACCUAGGCCAUCGUCCUCGACAAAAGUGACAAGCUGGUACCGUCAAGGAAACAAAGUAAUUCACGAUAGGAUUAAAGAUUUGUUGGCACAGUCCACCACCGAGUCUGCAUAGUAACACUUGCACUUCGUUUCGUAACAAAAUGACAUGGGCCCAUCUUGUUUGGUUUGUAUAAUGAGGGAGUGGAUUAGACAUGGAGAAAACAAGUUUCUCUUUAAAACGUGUAAUGUAACAAUUUAACGCUCCAAUAUCAAAAUUAACACAAUGAAAAGAUUUAGAACAUAAGUAAUUGGCCAACAUUCCAAUUGACCUUCACGUCCCUUGUACUGUAAAACAGGUGCCAUCUUUCAAAUUUGGGAUGAGACGGUUUCAGUAAAGCCAAACCACAUGAGAACAAAAUGUUAUAUUCUGAAAUGUACGAAUAUUCCUCUACCCAUAGGCUACCCUUAGCUUAUACAUACAGAGGAAAGAAAAGCCAACAGGGAUACACAGUUGCCAUCUUGUAUCACGUAACGUUACAACUUUAACGUGGUAAGACUUCGCUAUCAUUUGAACCGACUUUGUCAUACUCACCAUCUCUAGAUAACUGGUAGGCUGACUUCCUUGCCAAAUGCCCACAUCUUUGCCAGACCGUUCUGCAGAGAAACAUCGCUAUGCGCUAUCCAAAAGCUACCAGAGGAAUGCAGCGUGCGCCGAAGCGAGGGAGGGCAGAAUGAAUGGCUGGAGAUGACAGGUUGUGCGAGCCUGUGAUGAACGAAGCAGAGCCCUAUCUCACUUGUGCUUAGCACUGGAUGUGUGGUAGUGAUGGCUCGUUCGCGAACGAGUCGGCUCUAAGAGCCGGCUCUUGUAGGUGAACGUUGGGAGCCGGAUCGCAUAUCAGAAGUGCCGAAUCUAUUCAUAAAAAAAAAUAAAACAAUUAAGAUAUGACUAAUCAAAAUAUUUACAUUAAUAUAAUUAACUAAUUCAUUGACUAAAACGAUUGCCACCGAUUUCCAGCCAUUUUCGAUCGUGGAGGACAGUUUUUAGAAAUUAUAGCAAGAGUCUAAAUCCAAUGUACACAAUUCCAAGCAGGAAAACCCUUUCAAAAUCACUUAUUCCACAACUGUAUGAGAGCACACAAGCUUCAAUGCGGGAAAGAGUCCAAAAAGCUACUACAGUUUGCCUUACCACUGACUGCUGGACAUCAAGGGUAACUACUUCGUACCUGUCGGUUACAUGUCACUUCUGGACUGCUUUGAGUUCAGUGACAGACACACCAGAGAACUUGGCAGAGGAACUGUUGAGAGUGGCCAGAGAAUGGCAAGUAGAUGGAAAAGUGGUCUGUUGUGUUAGCGACAAUGCAGCUAACAUAACCAAAGCCAUGGACAUUUUACAAUUUACGCAUCAUCCAUGUCUUGCCCACACAAUCCACCUGAUUGUAAGAGAUGCUCUGAAGGUGAAGACCACUGUGGACAAAGUGAAAGCAGCUGUGGAGUACUUCCACAGGACCACAGUAGGUGCUGAAAAACUCAAGUCUACACAAUGCCAGAUGGGGAUGCCUGAGCUGAGGCCUACACAAGACUGCACUACCAGGUGGAAUUCAACAUGUUAUAUGUUGAGGCUAUUUCUUGAGUCAAAGGAUGCCAUGAUCUCUACCCUGGCCAUUGUCAAUACACCUGUUGAUGCUCUGACCCAAGAGGAAUGGGAGGUGGCAGAGGAGGUGUGCAGAGUCCUGGAACCCUUUGAGCAGGUCACUGUGGAGAUCAGUGGAGAGAGCUAUGUGACAUCCUCAAAUGAUACUCCUGUGUAAGGGUCUGCAGCGAAUCACAGCCAGCCGCCAGAGAGAAGCAAAUGUAACCACAGGACAUGUGACAGAGUUGAUGGACACCUUAUGUUCAUCAAUAGACAGAAAGUUCCACAGAAUGGAAUAUAAUCACAUGCUAUCAGAAACCGCUGCACUUGACCACAGGUUUAAGAAGUUAGCCUUCAGUGAUGCCAGAGCGAUUGAUGAGGCACUUCAAAGAAUAACCACCGCUGCAGGGAGGGACAGCCCCAGCAGUCCGCUGGCUCAGGCACCAGGGAAACAGGAAGAAGAUCUGCAGAUCGGAAUGCCCAUCACUAGCGCCUAGUAUAAUUGUAAUUGAACACAGAAUAAUUGGUUUCAAACAGGUAUGAUUUUAUUUAGUGACAUGAGAGUCUGCGUUCUUCAAAUAAAAUACAACUUUAAACCAGUUACUGUAACAUUUUGCAAUAAAAUAAAAACUUUA